AGCAGCUAUCAGGAGCUUUCUUGGCCGGCUGUUGAAGGCGCAAAGCUUUCGCUUUGGUCAGGUCUGAGUCUCCUCAGGAGAUGUGCCAUCUGUCCCCACAGUUGCCUCCGAGACCAGAGUGUUGCACUUUCUAUUCAUCAUGGCCAUGCCGUUUGCUUUAACUUCGUAAAGCAUCCCGCCGCACGCCCCCCUUGUGGUAGUACUGUACGUGCUAGCCCGCUCUCGUAACAGGAACAUCGUUAAGAAGGACGUCUUGGCUGUGUUUCCUGUCGUUACAUUCACUUUGCCCUCCCGUUCCAACUCCUUGGUUUUGGUUUGCGAGCAAUUGGGUCGAGUCCGCUUCAUUGACGUGCACUCGGUUCCUUCUUGUUAUCCACAUCGUCUCCAGUAACCGAGCUGCACUACCACAACCAAGCGAGCCCUACUACGACCCGUCACCACAGAGAACAAACGUUGAAAGAGUUGUUGGCCAAUUUUACGAGACUACACUCAAAGUAAUGCGUAAUUCAUAAUGCGAUUUACCAUACCAGCCCUGCUGGUCUUUCUUCAAGCAACCUCGGCCUUUUAUCCGUACUUUAAGGAUGAACAGCAGACGUCGCACCAGUCACCUCGAGCCAUCUUGCCGCCGCAAGAUCUUGCAGAUAACGGCCUACGAGCUACCAUACGCAAGCUACCUGCCAAACGAACGAACAACUUCAAUAUCAUCCCAGCAUCGUCGCCGACACAAGAGAACAGCCUAGGGGUCGAUCAAGACGGUUCAGACUACUCUUACUUUUCUGCAUUCAAGUUUGGUACUAGUGACAAAGUCUUUUACAUGCUAUUGGAUUCUGCAGCCUCGAAUACAUGGGUUAUGAGCUCGGACUGCAAAUCCAGCGCCUGUGGGGUACAUAACUUGCUGGGCACGGGUGACUCGAGCUCGUUGAAAGUGGUACAAGAGUCCUUCUCCGUUACGUAUGGCACCGGAAGCGUGCAGGGUAUACGAGGUUCAGACACGGCACACUUGGGCAGCAUAUCGGUGCCAUUGACCUUUGGGCUAGCGACAAACGUGUCGAACGAGUUCACCACCUUCCCGAUGGACGGGAUUCUUGGGUUAGGGAGACCCGAAAAUCUAGUCGACAAGAGCGGAGACGUUGGAGCCCCGUCUCUCAUGGAUGUUCUCAUAACCGCGAAGAUCAUCACCGCCAAGAUGUUCGGGCUCGACCUUUGGCGUGCGUCCGAUGGUGGAACUAACUCGGGAGAGCUCAACUUCGGCAUGCCCGACAGCAGCCGUUAUAGCGGCGAACUCAACUACAUUGCCGCCAUGAACAACACAGACGGGUUCUGGGAGAUUCCUGUCGAUGGUGCCAGCGUAAAUGGAGACAACGCUGGACUGUCUGGGCGAACGGCCAUCAUUGAUUCUGGAACUUCGUACAUAUUGGUGCCAUAUGAUGAUGCCGUGCAAUUGCACGAGCUUAUUCCCAACUACAAGACAGCUGGUACCGAGACCUUCAUUGUUCCCUGUGACUCCACUGCAAGCGUACAACUCACCUUUGGGGGUGUCACAUACGGUAUUAGCCCCAAAGACUACGUCGGACGCCAAACCACAGGUGGAUGCUCCAGCAACAUUGUCGGGCGUCAAACCUUCGGGCCAAAGCAGUGGCUUGUCGGUGAUGUGUUCUUAAAGAAUGUGUAUACGUUGUUUGAUUACGACGGGCAGCGCGUUGGAUUCGGUAUCAAAAAGAGCUCCAGUUCAGAUGCCGCUGCAACAGCUUCAGUAAUCGUGUCUGCUGCACAAUCGGAUCAGCAUAUAUCGGACACACAGUCGCAAUCUACUGCGCCAUCCACAAAUCCCGUUCUAACGUUUUCUUCGACAGGCUCAGGAACUAUUUCAGCAACAGCAACUUCAUCCCACGAAGUCUCAACUCUUCACGAAACUGCGUCUAGCUCGGGAGCGGCGAGCAGCCGAAGUACGAAUUCACCUGCUGCAAGUUCGUCGGCAGCUCCGGGUAGUACAUUGAGAUUUUACACUUCCGUAGGCAAUUGGGCCAUCUUCGCAUUUGUUGGGUUUCUGUUCUUGACAUCACUUUAGCAAUACAUUGUUAUGACAGGGAUAUGAUAGCAUUUUCAGGGUUUUGUCAUGGCAUUCAAUUUAUGAAAAGGCAUAUGUACGGCGUUGGAAGUGAAAGCAACUGCGGCACAAUUCCUCUGUGUAUUAAUCCGGGCACUCAUCUUGAUUCCUCAUCUUGCGAGUAAAGUUUGGGGGAAGGAACAUGCCACAUAAACCUGACGGUAGCAUGUAUUACAUAGUAAAUAUCAAAGUAAAUAUCGAUCUGUACUUGAA